GACUCGUUACUAGCAAUGAGCAAACAAGGAGCUCUGAUGCUCACAGACCACUGAGAGGCUGCCAGCGACACUCCUGGUGCACCAGAGUAUCCACCGGUCAGGCAGCGCCAUUUCCCCAACUCCUCACGGUAAACCCGGAGGUGAGACGGGAAGUUGCGUGAAAGGCUAAUGUGAUUUGUCGGGGAGAUAUAUACCGGUUACAGCAGGUGGAGUUAAAACCUGAAGGUGGCCCCUACCAUCAACUGGAAGCCGGUCAACAGUAGUCCUGAACCACAAGAGUCAGGAUGAAUUUCAUCAAUCUGAAUUACCAAACCGUGUGCUCGGAUGAAGACCGGAAAAGGUUUUUUAAGAAUGGCUGCUACAUGCAGGUGACCAAGAAGAAGUACAGGCGGCGCUUCCUACGCAAGGAUGGGAACUGCAACAUCCAUUUUAAGCGGGCGUUUGGAGAAUGGGAGAAUUACUUCUCUGAUAUUUUCACCACGCUCAUCGACCUGAAGUGGAGGCAGAUGUUCCUGAUCUUUUCCCUCUCCUACAUCCUGUCCUGGUUGUUUUUUGGUUUGGUGUUCUGGGUCACGGCCGCGGUCCAUGGAGACUUGCCGGGCGGCGGUGGGAGCCACACGCCCUGCGUGGAGCAAGUCCACAGCUUCACCGCCGCCUUCCUCUUCUCCAUCGAAACCCAGACCACCAUCGGCUACGGGUCCCGGUUCGUGACGGAAGAGUGCCCCUUCGCCGUCUCCAUGGUUACCUUCCAGUCGGUCAUGAGCUGCCUGAUCAACACCUUCAUCAUCGGCACAGUGGUGGCCAAGAUGUCUAAGGCCAGGAAGCGAGCCCAGACCAUUGGGUUCAGCAACAACGCCGUGAUCGCUGUGCGGAACGGGAAGCUGUGCGUGAUGUGGCGCAUCGGAGACUUCCGAGAGAGCCACAUCAUCGAGGGCACGGUCCGCGCCCAGCUCCUCCGAUUCAAGGAGCACGACGAUCAGAAGUUGUCCAUGGUGCACCAGGACCUGAACGUGGGCACCGGCAAUGUCAUCCUCAUCAGCCCCGUCACCGUGGUGCACGAGAUAAACCAGGGCAGCCCGCUCUACAAGCUCGGUCGGAAAGACCUGGCCGAAGACGACUUUGAGGUCAUCGUGACCUUCGUCUACUCCGAAGACUCAACUGGGAACACCCACCAGUCUCGGAGCUCCUACACCCCCUUGGAGAUCCUGUGGGGCCAUCGCUUCAACGACAUCCUCAAGGACAAGACCAGCCAUUACAAAGUCAACUACUCCCAGUUUCACAAGACCCACGAGGUGGCCAUCUCAGACUGCAGCGCCGAGGAGUUGGACUCGACGCCCGUGCAAGCGGUCAAUGUGCUGACGGUGGCCGGAUUGGACAGCGAGGACGGCAAGUGCGACACUGCCAUCAGUCCCUGUGAAGACACGGAGCUGGAAGAUGACCUGUAUGUGUACCAAAGACCCGAGCUUGUGUUCAGGACCCUCUCCAUGGAAUCGGAAAUUUAAUUCCAACGCCAGACGCCCUCUGAACACGCAAUAGGAUGAUUUUAGGAAAUGGUGUCAAUGCCUCCUUCGCCAUGUUAAUGCAGCUGAGACAGGCACGAAAUGAUGGAGGAUCUCAGUGGGUGGAAGCCACCCCAAGCACCACCGAAACGGAUAAUUAAACACAGCAAAAAAUCAAUCAUAGACACAAAAAGCUGGAGUAAUUCAGCGGGUCAGGCAGCACCUCUAUAGAAAAGGAAUUAGGUGACGUUGUGGGUCGGGACCUUCUUCAGACUGAAAUGACACCUAUUCCUGUUGUGUGUCACUGUUGCUAUAACUCGUUAUCACCUACCCCACAGCCAACAAUGGACCAUUGUGGGCUCCACCAUUCCUUGAUCGUCGUUGCUUGUCUGCACAUCUUUCAUUCACGUAUUCCAUGUACUGCCCACAUCUCUUGUUUCCCUCUCCCCUGACUCUCAGUCCAAAGAUGGGUCCCUAACCCGAAAUGUCACCUAUUCCCUUUUUCUCCAGAUAUGCUGCCUGGCCCGCUGAGUUACUCCAGCAUUUUCUGUUUAUCUUUGGCUUAAACCAGCACCUGCAGUUCCCUCCUGCACACUAUUACAGCUUAGCCUCCUUACACUUCCGUAACUGACUUAUAAUUAACACAGGAAACAUUGCGAAAGGCAGGAGACAGUAAGUAGGUAGACAAAAUGCUGGAGAAACUCAGACAGUGAGACAGUUAGUGGGACUCCCUCCCGCCCUCUACCCUCAAAGAUGUCGACGAAAUUGAGGAAACGUUGCAACAUGAUCUUAAAUGCUCUGUCAUUUCCAGCAUCUUAUUCAUAGAAAAGAACACAAAGUGCUGGAGUAACUCAGUGGGUCAGGCAGCAUCUCUGGAGAACAUUGCCCCAAUUUCACGAC